AUGGCCGAACUUCCAGAUGAUGGGAAACUAGUUCAGAGGCUUUCCCAUCGUCCAUCUCACUUGGUAGGCGGAAUGAUACCAAUUACAGAACCGGUGAAGCCAUCACAAGCUAAUCGCCGCUCUGACAUAUCGUCUGCCGGGAUGCUAGACCGCCUACCGCUCGAAGUACUCCAUCAGAUAUUGAACACGUUGGAUUUCCAGUCUCUGUGUCGUUUGUCACGCGUGUCACGGCGAGGCAGAAGCAUCGUCGAGUCGUUGCCUACAUACAGAGCGUUGAUGGAAUAUAUUCCAGACGCGUUGAAAGCACUUGGUGAAACCCGGCUUAUUCAACUCCACUCUGCAGAUCAACUCCGCGCCGUGCUACAGUCUGAAGCCUGCGUUUCAUGCAGAGAAUAUGGCCCCUUUCUAUUUCUCCCCACAUGCGAGCGAUGUUGCUAUACUUGUCUUCGUUAUAACCAGUCACUGUGGGUGAUGCCUCUUUCUCUAGCUAAGCAGUCCUUCGGCCUGACUCAGCGCGACCUCAAGAAGCUCCCCUUAGUAAAGACGGUGCCUGGAAUGUAUGACCUGGCCAGAGGGUGGUCACAUCGAGGAAGCCAGACGCUCGUCAGUGUGAGGCAUGCAAAGGAAUACGCAAUGAAGAUUAAUAACGGCUCACUGCCAGACGUAGAUACGACCAUCACUCCUGAAAUGUCUGACAGAAUGAUAAGGAAAAUGAAUGUUUUGAGAUGGUUCAGGGAAGCUCCCUUGGAACCGCUGCCUGACAACCCAUCAAGGAUACCAACACGUGGAGGCAUGCCGGAUAACGAUUGCAAUGGCAUGGCAUCCCUCCCGUUUCCAUCUCUACGACGCAAUAAGACGCUUGACCAUGGCUUCUGGUGCCGGGGAUGUGAUUGGAUGGCCGAAAAAUAUCACCGCCGUCGUCUCCCUGACCAUAUUAUUGACAAACUCGUUCCUUCAGGAUUGCACCCUUUCAACGUCUUCGCAGGCCUGAGCCGGCGUGCUCGAUCACAGGGCGAGUUUUUACUCCAUAUUAAGCAGUGUUACGGGGCGGAUAAAGUAGACGCUCAAAAUUGA